AUGUCUUCCAGCUCGAUCUCUGACGCGGAUAUCAACGCACUCGACAGUAUCGGACACGACACUGUCGAGAACUUUGUGUGCCUGGUCGUCGAGGCAGUUCUCUACACCAUAUACUUCAUGCUCGUUGUAUCGUGCGGCCGGAUAUACCUGAAGCCCGCGCGCCGGAACGCGAUGUCCACGUUCAUAUUCGUGGUUAUCCUGACGAUGUUCAUGCUCGACACGGCCAUGUGCAUCAUCGACGUCAAUAAUGCGAUCCGAGAGGUCACUCUCACGCUAUUCUCUACUUCGCUGGGCACGGUGGCCGAUCGUUACGAUAGCCUCGCCUUGCCCUGGACUGUUGAGAAUGCCAUAUACUCAUUCAUGAUGAACCUUGGAGACGUCAUAAUCUGCUGGCGUGCAUAUGCGUUCUAUCGUCAGCCUCGCGAGCGGUGGAUUCUUCUCAUUCCGCUGACGUUCCUGGUCGGUUCCUUCGCCAUGUCCUUCUUGAUAUCGUUCUGUGUGUCGAAGGCAGAUCCGGAACUCGGGGAUUUCAUCAACCCUCCUUUCUGUGUUCAUAUACAGAUUGCAGCAUACUCCAUGACUUUGGCUACUACAGCCAUAGUUACAGCCAUGAUCGGCUGGAAGACCUGGAUCUACCGACGCACUAUCGGAACAACGAUCCGAGAGACUAAUAGGAAGACGCGCGCAGAGAAGGUCAUGGGGCUUCUGGUCGAGUCCGGCCUAUUAUAUCUCGUAUUUUGCUUGGUAUCCGUGAUCGACGAUUCUGGCCCAGUAGCCUCUCUUGAAGAGUCUACGCCGCGCUUAGCAUUUGCGAACUCGAUUUGGACGUAUAUGACCAGUCACAUAGUGGGUAUAUAUCCUGCGUUGGUCGUCAUUCUGGUAAACUCCCAGAAGUCGUACAUCGAUGGCGUCGAAGUAUCUUCAAGAAGAACUGCGCUACUCUCACACACGUCUCAUACGCAAUCUGGGUCGGGCACAGCUGCAUCGAGCCAGCGGCCUUACUGGGGCACCGGAACCAUGGAGUCAUCACGGCCUAAGAAGUAUCGCACCCGGUCAUCCAGCGACUUGGACCGCACACUCAAGAUCGAGAUUCACGAGAUGCAGGAAGUAUCCGGUGAUGCUACAUUCGGCGACACCCAUGGGGCUCUCGGUAAUCAUGGACCGCGCUCUCCUGAGUUUGCCAUGGCUAUGAAUGAUUCGAAGGAAGUAUCCUACGGCUCCUUUCCGUAG